UGAAAAUCAUCAAAAUUUAUUGAAAUACUUGGAAGGGUAUUGGGAUAGGAGAGAACUGUGGACCCUUUCACAUCGGCGAGGUAUGCUUAUAGAAGGGCACAACACAAAUAAUAUAAGUGAGGCCUUCAUGAGAAUUUUAAAGGACAGGAUUUUUGAGAGGGUGCGUGCCUUCAAUGUGGUUCAGAUGGUGGACUUUUUUCUCACAAAGGUGAAUUUGUAUUUUCAGAGGAGACUUCUUGAUGCUGCUAAUGGAGCAAGUCCUAAGUCUUUCUGUAGGCCUAUAAAGGCUCCUUCACAGGAGAUUCUAGCAAAAAUCAGACAAGUCAAUGAGGAUGUUCUGCUCGUUCCCAGUGAAGAAAGGGAGAAUCAUUAUUACAUUGUUAAUAUGGCUGUUCUUGUUUGCACUUGUUGCCAAGGCAAUACAGGGAAGAUCUGCAAACAUAUAGACUGGGGCAGUACUGUUUUACCAUCAGGAAACUACAGGGAGGUGACUGAUAGUGACAGUAUACGCAGACUGUAUUAUUUUAUUGCUACAAAUGAGGAGCCUCCUGAAGGGUGGCUAGAGCCUCUGUAUUGCUCUCAGAAUGCAGGGGCUUCAAGUUCUUCGGAACGUUUGGAGCAAAUGGACACAGGUUUGCUCUGUGAAAGCCAAGAAGAGAUGCCAGAGACACUUCACAUGGAGACAGUUCCAGACAAUAGAAAUAAUAAUUUAAUCGACGAGAUAAAAGCUCGUCUCAUAGAUUUUUCAAAUAAAUCCCCUGAUGAAAUGAGGAAAGGCCUUGAAGUCAUGUGCGAAAAAUUGAGAAAGCUUAAAACGCCAUCUGCAUGUGCAUCUUAUUUGGCAAAUUUUGGUGAAGGAAAAUCUAGAAAAAAUCGUGGUAACUAUAUUCCCGUUCAGCCCACUGCAAUAAGCAGAAGAAAAAACAAGUUGGCAGGUCGCAGAUGUCAUCCGGGGGGAAGACAAAGACCACACUCUAAGCAAAGCAAGGAAUUUGUAAAGACGGUAGAAAUUUCUGAAAUGGCUACCUUUCCAUCACCAGCUAUGCAAUCAUCCCAGUCAGCUUCAGACUUUUGAAGGUGCGCGACUGUUUACUGCAGCAUAGUGUGUAGGAUUUUCUUAAUCUGAGAUCCAACGUAAUGGAACUAUUAAGGGAAUGAUUGUAGUAAUUAAGUUUUUUCUUAAAGCUCAGGCCUAGCCUGACUGCUGAAAUAUAUGAAGUUUUUUUGUUGUAGCUCUGGUCUGACCCGAUUAUUCCCGGCGGGGUCAGGGAUUUUCUCUGCCUCGUGAUGACUGGGUGUUGUGUGAUGUCCUUAGGUUAGUUAGGUUUAAUUAGUUCUAAGUUCUAGGGGACUGAUGACCAUAGAUGUUAAGUCCCAUAGUGCUCAAAGCCAUUUUCUAACCCGAUUAUUGAAAUAAGUUUUUUCUUAAAGCUCAGACCAAACUUACUAUUGAAAUAUAGAAGUUCUUCUUUAAAUUGGGAUAUCCCAACAAUGUGGAUACUUAUUGUGUAUGUUGCACAAGUUUCUGGGAAAUGUGAAUUAUCUUUUCUUAAAAUGUAAACUACAUUUUAUAUUCUG